UUAAAACGCCAAAAAGAAACUUAUUAUUCAGUGAUAAGUGUGCUUUCAGGCUUGAAACCGUCCAAGGACGAGCAACAGAAAAAUGUCUUUAAAAGCGAUGCCCCUGCUUUUCCUCAACAUGGGAGGAGAAAUGAUUUAUAUUCUAGACCAGAGGUUGAGGGCACAAGAAAUCCAUCAAGCAAAGGCUGAAAAAGUGCUGGAUGACAUCCUGGGUCUGAUGUGCACCAGCCGGUUCAUUGAGGAGCUGUUCAGACCGCAGUCCAUCUACUCGGCUCAGAGUCUGCGGACCAUCUUCUACCGGCUGGCCCACAGCUCCAUCAUGAGGCUCAACAAACAGAGCAUGGACAAACUGUACGACCUGAUGGCCAUGGUGUUCAAGUACCAGGUGGAGCAGUGCUCACACCCGCGCCAGCUGCUCAUGGUCACCCUGAACCACCUGGACAGCAUGGCUUGCUUUGCCACCGCACCCCGCGUCAGCAAGCAGGUGCAGACAGCUUACGAUCUGGCCGUGCAGUGUUACGGCAAUCUCCCCGAGGGAGAGAUGCAGGACAUCCGCUACGACAUCCUCAACUUCUUCCUCGACUACCGAGUCAAGGUGUCCAUCUUCCUCAAGGAGAAGCGGCAGAAUCCCAGCGGCACGUUUGUGAUCGAUGUCACCGGACCUCUGCCAGAGGGUGUGUCGAUGCCGGGCGAGAUCCGCUACUUUGACGAGCGUGGUGAGAUCACCAGCACCUGCCGGUACCCGUGUAAGGAGCUACCCGGUGAGCCGGCGCGCUCCGGAACCCUGGCGCAGAACGGAGACCGAGGCACCACGCUCGGCACCAACAUCUACAGCAGCCAGGGCAGCGAGCCGGUGUCGGCGGGCCCGACCGGCAGUGGCGGUGCAGGGGACGAGCCGCCCACCACCUCGCCCUCGCCCUCUCCCGCCUCGCCGGUCUGUGGCUCCGGUCCGACGGCCGAGCGAGCCGCCCAGGCGCUGGAGCUGCUAGCUCAGCUGAUCGGCCAGGGCGGCCAGCAGAAGUGCGAGAUUCGUUUGAACCUGCCCGGACCGGCCGCUGCUGCCGCCGCUGCUGCCAGCGGCGCGGCGGCCGACGGUAGCAACCAGCCGGUGCAGGGCACGCGCGGCCGCAGCGACCACCUGCAGAAGGUGAUGGAGGACAUGACGAUCGGCGAGCCGCCAGCCAGCGGCGGGCAGCAGGACCUGCUGAACAUGAUGGACGCUCUGUCGGAGUAGCUGUGUCCGAGCCGAGCGUCUGGAGCAGAUGGAGCCGCAGCGGAUACCCUGCAACGGUCAGCGGGAAUGGGACGCUGCCUCGGCGGAGACCGACAGUCAACGAUUGUUUAUCGAGCAGAGGAGGCGCGCUAUGCGAUUAGAAGAGUAGUUCUGACGUCUUACCUUCGUCGCGGUGUGCUGUCCUGAAAGCGGUGUCCCUUUCGCCCUUCCCCGGACAGUUCAGUUCAGUUCGUGUCCACUGGCCUGCGCCGCCAUAGGCGAUUUUGGCCGCGUUGGCGUUUUUCCGUAGAUGGUGGUGGCUGGUGUGUCCUGUCCUUUAUCCACAGUGUGCUGUCCCCUUUCCGCAUUGUGUGCUAUCCUCUGGCCGUGUGUCGGUGUGAUGUCCCCUUAUCCCAAUGUGCUGAGGCCUCUCUGUCGGUGCAAAAUCCCCCUAACUGCAGACCGUCUCCCCCUGCCAUCUCCCCAUUGACGGUGUGCUAUCCCACCAUCACAGUGUGCCGCCCUUCUGCAGUGUUUCCCACCAGUGUGCUGUCUGCCGCACUCUCCCUGCCCCAUUGCCAGCCCGUAUCGGCCGUUUGUCCGGUGAUCUCAUUUGCUGUGACUCUAGUCUGCGCAUUGCGUCUAGUCUAUCAAAGCUAGUUCAGACCGUUCUAGGCUAUCGUCUACACAGACUAGGCUGCGCGUCGCGUCUGUCGAUUGCCGCCAGUAGCGUGGGACAGCUUACUGCUUAUAGCCGAGCUGCUCGCCAUUCGCAGCCCCCUGGCUUGCACCAUGCGACUCGCAUAGUGCCUGCCGCAGUGUUGUGUUGCUCUCUGUAGUGUAGCGCGAUGUAGUGUAGUGUAGCUAGCAGUGUGCAGUGUCCACUGUCCAGGGCGGUGCCGGCGCGUGCGAAGUCUGCCCCACUGACAGGGGCACAGGGGCGCCUACCUCCGCCGCGUCUCGCCCUCCCACCUUGCCGCUGUGCCGCACUGUUUGCGGUGUAGCCCGGUGACACUGCCGCGUCACCAGUCUGCCGUCAAAGCUGGGAUCGGGUGUGGAAGCUGGAAGCACGUCAGUGGACGUAAACGCCACCGCUGCGACAAAUAUUGAUCCAAUUCAUGUCGUGUUCUCUAGCCUACCGCCACUCCAGAGUCCCGACUAUGCUACGUCUAGUCCAGCGUCCCGGUGCCACUCAGCUUAUUGCGUGAUUUGGCCUUUUAUAUAAAGAGUGACCAUUACCGGAGUCAGCCAAUACUCCGCCCUGGCCGGCUGCGAUAGCCACAUGUC